UCGCCGCCGUCUUGCCGCUAGCCUGUCUCACCUCGCGGCCGGCAGCCUUGCGCGACGCGCCGCGCUCUUUCACAUUCAAAAUUAUUCGCAACCAUUGCAAAAACUCUCUGUGCAAUAAAAAUAUAAUCUUGCUUUUCGAUGCGGUCGCAAUUAGUCUUUCAAACAGAGAGCUUGUUAAAACUUUUAAAAUAAAUUAAAAGUGCCUUUAAAACUUUGAAUGCACUCCUCGUUGCAUAUCCCGCGCGCGUCGUUAUGAGAACCCCGUACUGGCGGUCACGUUGACGUCGCGCGGUGCCGCCAUAUCUGUCUCGGCCACCAACUAGCAAAAUUAAUAGGCUCAAAAAAGGUAGUGUCACUUCACUAGAAGAAUGCAAUGACCCGCGCAUUCGGUUUUUGAAAUUUAUCCUUUACCGAUGGAAUGAGGAGUGCACAAUCCCAUUGUUUCAUAUUUUCAUAUGUUUGAACAUCAUUUGUUUUUUUGUUUUUCGGACGAUUAGAGAGUAAUCAUUUUCUUCCAAAAUUACAAAAAUUACAAUUUUAAGAAUGGCGGAGGGUAAUGGAGAAAUAUCCAUUGAAGAGGUACCUGGGAAGGACUCCGAAGUUGGCCGUACACCGGAUUACCGCAAACUCAUUGAUUAUGGCUUGGAUCCUAAGGUGGCUGCUAAGCUGGACGACAUUUAUAAGACUGGAAAGCUAGCGCACGCUGAACUGGAUGAGCGUGCGUUAGAUGCCUUAAAAGAAUUUCCAUCCGACGGUGCUUUAAGUGUACUUGGACAGUUUUUAGAUUCAAAUCUCGAGCAUGUAUCAAAUAAGAGUGCUUAUUUAUGUGGAGUCAUGAAGACCUAUAGACAGAAAAGCAGAGCGGGCGUGCAGGGCGCGCCUGCGCUGUCUGCCGCUGUUCAGGUCAAGGGCCCCGACGAGGAGAAGAUCAAGCAGAUCCUCGCCAGAACGGGUUAUACAUUAGAUGUUACUACAGGCCAGCGCAAGUACGGCGGGCCGCCGCCGGGCUGGGAGGGCGGCACGCCCGGCGCCGGCUGCGAGGUCUUCUGCGGGAAGAUACCCAAGGACCUGUACGAGGACGAGCUAAUCCCCUUGUUCGAGCGUUGCGGCACAAUCUGGGACCUUCGCCUGAUGAUGGACCCCAUGACGGGCACCAACCGGGGCUACGCCUUCGUCACCUUCACCACCAGGGAGGCCACGCAGCGAGCCGUGCAAGAGCUCGAUAAUCACGAAAUAAAACCUGGGAAGACUCUGAGAAUUAAGAUUAGCGUACCGAAUCUGCGACUUUUCGUCGGCAACAUUCCCAAGUCUAAAGGCAAAGAGGAGAUACUGGAAGAGUUUGGUAAAUUAACAGCGGGACUCGUCGAAGUAAUUAUAUAUAGUUCGCCUGAUGACAAGAAGAAAAAUAGAGGAUUUUGUUUUUUGGAAUACGAGUCUCACAAGGCGGCGUCGUUAGCUAAACGCAGGCUCGGCACCGGUAGAAUAAAGGUUUGGGGCUGUGAUAUAAUAGUGGACUGGGCCGACCCUCAGGAGGAGCCAGAUGAGCAAACUAUGAGUAAGGUGAAGGUACUGUACGUGAGGAACCUAACACAAGAGAUAUCAGAAGAGGCGCUGAAGGAAGAGUUCGAGCGUUACGGCACCGUCGAGCGAGUCAAGAAGAUUAAGGAUUACGCCUUCGUCCAUUUCGAUGAUCGGGACUGCGCAGUUAAGGCGAUGCAAGAGCUGGACGGCAAGGAGAUGGGCGGCGCGCGGCUGGAGGUGUCGCUGGCCAAGCCGCCGUCCGACAAGAAGAAGAAGGAGGAGAUCUUGCGCGCGCGCGAGCGCCGCAUGAUGCAGACUCUGCACGUGCGCGGCGGAUUUGAUUGGUGCAGCUGCUCGCCGGUGCACGCGAUGCGCGGGCGCACGCCGCAGCCGCGCCCCCCACAGCCGCGCCCGGACUACGAUUAUGAUUACGACUAUUACGGGUACGGUGAUUACCGAGGUGGCUACAAUGAGCCAUUUUACCGGUACGAUGAGUUCUAUUUUGAUUACGCGGGGCCACCGCAACCGUCCGCCGUCCGCCAGCCUCCGAACAGAGCGCAACCGGGAGCUGGGUCGUGUGGGACGGGCGGGCGAUGGGCGCGGCGCGGGGGGGCGGCGGCGGGCGCGGCUGGGCCCCGCUGUGGUGCGCGACGCGCCGCGCGUGGACGCCGCACUCCCAGCGCCAUUCGUGGCAACCCGCGCGCCAAGCCAAGUUUACCAGGCAAACGUAAAUACGACGGGGGUCACCAGAACCAAGGGGGCGAGACGAAGCGGCGGCUAGGAGCGGCGGCGGCGGCCGCGUUCGGGUGGGAGAGCGCGCCGCCGCUGGCCACGCCGAGCUAGCGCGCGGCGAGCCCUGCGCCCGGAGGCACGACAAACCGCGCAGGGGACUCCCGAGGCCCGGCGACGCGCCCGCACCUCCAAUCCCCGCCCUCUAUCCGGGGGAUCGCUCUUUUUCUAUAUAAAUGUGUUUUUUAAUUUUCGAUUUUGUAACGCAACGAUCCCGUAAAAAACCUUAAAGUAGGACGUUAUGAAAUGUUUCGAAUGUAAGUUUCCCGUUAUGCUUAUGUUUUUCAGUCGUAUUAGCCGUAUAUAUUAUUAUUUAAUAUGUACUUUAUAUUACGUGAGCGCCGGCCGCGGUUGCCUGUUUGCGGCCGCGCGCUCGGGUCGACGACCCAUCGACUGUCUGUUUUUUUUAAUACAUGUUAUUCAAUAUAUUUUAUUCCCGCGAACGCAUUUUGCGAUGUGAUGUGUAUUUUAGCAGUAAUUAUUAUAUUAUAAGGAGUUUGACUGUUGUUUUUUGACAUACUUACAACUUAGGUUACACGAGGAUGAAUUAAUGGAAUGAAAUGAACUCUACUCUAGCAAUUACGGCUAAAAUAAAACCACCCAUGUCUGUAUCGAUAACAUUUCCGACUUAGUUCCUGCUUUAGUUUUUUUGCUUUAUUUUUAUUACAUACAUAUUUCCCAUUAAAAUGCAUUAGUGUGAAGAAGUAGUAUUGUAAAGUCAGGAUUUCUGUAAUGUUUAUUAUACUCUACUAAACUUUUUUGUAAUUGGACCACAUAGCGCAUGCCCAUACUGUUAGAACUCUGACUUGUAUCAAUCUUGUAUCAGUUUAAUAUGUGGAAUAAAUUUGCAAAACUGUGUUUGCCUUAUUAUACCUA